AUGUCCUUCCGCCGCAAAUUUUUCUUCCAACGUCUUUCCUCCCACGCAACACGAACAAAUUCCCGGCAACAAAUGCAGGACCAGUCGCGUCGCAGUGAAAAUCGACAGGAUCGGUUCACAGUCUUAUUUCUGGCUAAGAUUCUUCUUUUCCUGCGGCCGCCUGGUCCUGAAACCUCAAACUGCUGCAAUGCUUGGCUUGAUGGCUGA